AUGCGUGACACGCUCUUCACCCGCCAACUCACUCCCAGCCACGGCGUCGUAUCUCCAAUACGAUAUACAAAGCGACACUUGCCGGAAUAUGUACCACGCGUGGUCGUCCUGGGCCCCACCGGACGCAACUUCGCGGCCGGUAUGUCUGGCGGUAUCGCGUACAUCUUCGACGCUGACAGCAGCUUCCAGAAGAAGUGCAACAUGGGCAUGGUGGGCGUGGCCCCGCUGACCGAGACGGCGUCGGCUGCCGAGAUCCAGGAGGUCAAGGCACUGAUCACCAAGCACCUCGAGCGCACGCAGUCGCCCAAGGCGCAGAAGCUGCUGGGCAACUGGGACGCUUCGGUGACCAAGUUCAUGCGCGUCAUGCCGUACGACUACGAGCGGGUGCUGCUCGAGCGCGCGACUGUCGUGAAGGAGACCAAGAAGUCGGCUUCCGCCUCCGCCUAAACUACAACGAUCACUUAAGAUAUGUACAAAGGGAAGAUAGUAAAGAGCAUGAAAUGUAUAACCAAGGUAAUCGC